AAAAACAUGUAAAUAUUAUUUUUAUAUUUCGGAAAAUGAAUUUGGAUAGUUUAAAGCAAAAAUUAAAAAGGAUUGCAGAUAAACAAAAACCUGAUAAGAAUAAUGAAGAGCUAGAAGAUACUUAUUUUCAGGAAUAUCUGAGUGAAUGGAAGAAAAAGGAUGUCCGAACGAAGGAAAGAAUUCCAAAGUUUUUUAAUAAGAUUCCAAAAGAAAAUGAACCACUUCGGGUCAAAUUGAGGGAGGAGAGCAGAUCAAAUUUAUUUAAGAGAAAAAAUUUACAGCUUUUAAACAACAAUGAACUAAAAGAAUUGUGGGUGCUUUUAGAUCAGAACCAAAGUAAUAAAGAAGAACAAUUGAUUACUUAUGCAGACUUUCAGAAAGUAGCUACUUUAGCAGGGGCAAAAGUCAAGCCAUAUUUUACUUCAGUCCUGUUUGCCAAAUUACAACAAGGUGAUCCUCAAGGAAGAGUAUCAAUCAUGUCAUUAUUUAACUAUGUUAUGAGAAAAGUUUGUUUAGAUCAGACUAGAAUUGGUUUGUCAUUAUAUGAUGCUACUGGCCAAGGAUAUCUUACAGAAGUAGAUUUAGAAAACUAUAUUACAGAGUUACUACCAACUCUCCCACAAUUAGAUGGAUUAGAGAAAUCUUUUCAUACUUUUUAUGUAUAUACAGCUGUGAGGAAAUUUUUAUUCUUUCUUGGUGUUGUUAGAACAGGUCGAGUAAGAAUUUUAGACAUAUUAGCCUGUUCGUUUCUAGAUGAUUUGUUAGACUUAGGAGAUCAAGAACUCAGUAAAGAAUUACAAGAACAAAAUUGGUUUAGUGCUCCUUCAGCAUUAAGAAUUUAUGGACAUUAUUUGAACUUGGAUAGAAAUCAUAAUGGUCUUUUAAGUAAGGCUGAGUUUGCCGGAUAUGGAUCAGGAACCCUUACACAACCUUUUUUGGAUAGUGUAUUUCAGACGUGUUUGACUUACGGGGGAGAAAUGGAUUACAGAACAUAUCUGGACUUGGUGCUUGCAUUGGAGAAUAGAAAUGAACCACAAGCCUUGGCGUAUUUGUUCAGGAUAUUGGAUAUUAAGAAAUGUGGAUACCUGGAUGCCUUUACACUGAAAUAUUUCUUUAGAGCAAUCCAAGAUCAAAUGAAGGCACAUGGAGCAGAACCAGUAUCUUUUGAAGAUGUUAAAGAUGAACUGUUUGAUAUGGUACGACCCAAAGAUCCUGAAAAGAUUACUCUUGAUGAUCUCUUAGCCUGUGGCCAUGGUGAAACAUUUGUUAAUAUUUUAAUAGAAUUCCAUGGUUUUUGGGCAUAUGAGAAUCGUGAAUCUGUUUCUUCAGAUCCUUCACAGGAUUAAUAUUAAUACUUUUAUAUAAUAAAAUUUUGUAUUAUUAGAAUUUUUAUUUAAUAUUGUUUAUGUAUUUUACCUUCUCU